AUGUCUCUUCGAUUCGCCGUUUUCUGCGAGUGUGGUAUUUCAAUCUGGGGCUCAUUUGUAUUGCUCGUCUGUGCGUUGAGCCAGACUCAAGCACAAGCUAAUACAGUCGGCCAGGUACUUUCUCAGGACUCGUCGUGGUACUCGCCUUGGAGCACCAAUAUCCUUCAGUGGAUCACCCGAGUUGAUGCUGCUGUUCUGUUAUUUUUGAUCGAAAUUUCGCGGCCAAUCGACUCAGGGACCGUCAAAAUUUUUCAAGGCAAACCCGCUCAGGAAACCGGGGAUCCGGCACUCGGCGACGAUUGCUGGAGUUCCGAACGAUGUCAAGUGCGAACACGCAACUCGGAGUGUACUGAAGGUCGGUGCACCUGCAAACUCGAUUACAUCCCGGACGCGACUUUGAGGAAUUGCAUCUACAAAAACGUUAUAGGUCGCAUUUGUGGCUCGGAUGCAGAUUGCAGCCAAUAUAACUCGGCCAUUUGUUCAGGCGAAACUUGUAUUUGCGGUCUGAACUUCAUCAACGCCCCUUCGGCGUCGGCUUGUCUUCCAGUUUCUUCGAUCGGUGGCAAAUGCGCAGUCGACGAACAAUGCUGGCGAGUCACAAACUUGUCCAUUUGCGAUAAUCCCACGAUGCUGUGUUCAUGUCCGGUACGAUACGUCAAUGACGCGAAUGGCAAAACGUGCCUGCCAGGUGAUACAUACCAAGACACCUAUUCAGCGAAAGAAAGAUCUCCAAACGAGCUCGUUGCUACGUUUGAAGUUAAGCGCUUGGACGAACCCUGCGUGAUCAGCGAUCAAUGCUUGGCCACAUCACCCGAUUCAACGUGUCUGAAGAAUGCUGAUGCUCUUGGACUUGGAGAGGAUUGCGUCACUGGUGACUUGUGCCAGGCUCGAGUGACAGGGUCAACUUGCGAUGCAGGUUCGAAAAAGUGCGUCUGUGAAGCCAACAACUACGUGCAAUUCAGGAUACCCAAUCAAACGUUGGAUACUUGCAUACCAGGUUAGACAGCCUAAAAAGCUAUUACAUCAUGUUCAGUAUUUGAGAAUGAAUUCUUUCUGCUAAUUUAAAAGAAAAAAACUUGAGCAUCGAGAGCAAAGACCCCUGUCACGUACUUUGUUCGAUUGCUUCAGCAACCCGUUUAGGGGACACUUGCCUGAGGACUGGG